AUGAUGCCCUGCGACGAGUAUGUCAACGACGACAACGAGAUAGAGGAAGGCAAAGAGCGAUUCGUUUUGAUUUAUCGCACUCAGAUGGAUAUGGGCUCGCAUAAUCUAGGCGUCAUUUACGACCAGCAGCGCAAUCGGGCGUCGUUCCCAAUGACUAUAGAGAAUUUUGAAAGCGUCGAGAUUGACCGAGAGUUCCAGUUCGGCACUUGA